AUGGUGCAAAGCGCUGUUCAGACGUUACGAUCAAAUGGUAUCAUCAUUCCGUUCAAUCGAGUUACCAUUGGCAAAGAGUACAAGGACUACGCGACGAAAAUCCAAGAAUCGCAAGAGGUACACGUAGAGGAAUUCUCUACAGCAACAGAAGGGACGCCACUUGAGAAUUUCAUUCGAUCUUUUUGGACGGGCAUGAGGGCUCAGAUGUCCGCCUUGACUCAGCUAGGCGUUCCUGAAGGAGACGCUACCUUGAUGUUCUCAGAUGCAAACUUCAGGAGCAACGUCGACCAAAUUAUCAACGCGUUUACCGAUGAGGUAAAGAGCGUCAUACAAAACGGUGAGAUCAAUGCCGAACGGCUAUCCGGCCUGAAAAAGGUCUCCAAAUCUUGGCCCUCAGAUGGGACCAAGUCCAUCUACCUGCGAGUGUAUACACAUCAAGAUCCCGCGGAUGCCAAUGUGGAAGACUUUGCUCUGUAUGCUGGGCAGAGCAUCCAAGUCCAGACAGGGGAUUAUCAGCACAAGGAAAAGAUACAGACCGGAGAUUCACAUCAUCAUCCACACUACAGCCAGGCCAAGAACUCGCUACCAGAGUAUCGGCACAUGAUCCCAAUCAUGAUAUUUGAUGAGGCAACACCUGGUGCACUUAUCAAUAUGGCCCAAGAAACAGCCAUCACGGCAUUCAAUUGUGUUCAUGAGGAUUUUCCCGAGACCGUCAGCUUUGGCAGCAAGACCGUCCUGAUGCUAGAGUCGGACCACUUGAAUCAGACUGCAGCAUGGGUUCGGCGGAAGGGCAGGACAGAAGCAGCUCCAGAGAGAGCCAGCUUUGAGUACAACCAGCCCCUGAUAGAGAAUCAAUGUGGGCACAACACACUCACAAACAUGAAGAAACCCCCUUGUGACGAUUCUGAUUUCUGGCGCGCUAGAGUUGAACCGGGGGGCGGCGCAUACUAUGGCCGUGAGAAGAAGAAAAAAUGUGACCUGUGUACAUAUAUGGUCACAACCCACAAACAUCAAUGUACACCCGCUCAAGACUUGCAUAAUCUUCCAUAUCAUGCUUGUCGAUAUUGCGCAAUGCUGAACAGAUAUUGCACGUAUACAGCGCCGGCUCAUCGCAUGAGGGACUGGGGACGGGGGCCGCCUUUCUUGUUAGCUGCGACGACAACGCUUGCGCGGUUUCCAACAGGCAGUCAUCGCUACCUCUCUUUCUACCGGGUCCAAGAAGACACGGAGCCCCAGAAGAUAGAUGCCCCGUUUGAAGGUCAGAACGAUCUUGAGGCUGCACUAAAGUUAGCAGCAUUGGAUGAGACUGAAGAAGCGGUUGCAGAUGAUGGAGAUGAAGAAUAUUGCGAUGAGUGA